GUGCCCCAUGGUGAAGAUCUAUGGAUUAGAUCUGAAGAGAACUUUGGAAACAACAUCCAGGAUCUUCUGCAGGCUUCAUUGAUGAUAUGGCUCCAGUGCCUUAAGGGGCCUCCUGUAUGCUGCCUGUACACAGCCUUACACUGUAAGGCGAAGAUAAUCUACGAUGACUGGCAAAACACAGACUAGCAAUGUUACCAAUAAGAAUGAUCCCAGAUCUAUCAACUCCAGGGUCUUCAUUGGUAAUCUCAACACUGCCAUUGUGAAAAAAGCAGAUAUAGAAGCUAUUUUUGCAAAAUAUGGCAAGAUAGUUGGCUGUUCUGUGCACAAAGGAUAUGCAUUUGUACAAUACAUGAAUGAAAGGAAUGCACGUGCAGCAGUGGCAGGGGAAAAUUCCAGAAUAGUUGCCGGACAAUCUCUUGAUAUCAAUAUGGCUGGUGAACCUAAGCCUUACAGGCCCAAAUCUGGAACCAAGAGGCCUCUGUGUGCCCUUUAUGGCAGUGGUUAUGACUUCGACUACGAUUAUUACAGAGAUGAUUUCUACAGUCGGAUGUUUGAUUACCAUGGCCGUGUUCCACCACCACCUCGUGCUGUUAUACCAAUAAAACGUCCACGUGUCACUAUACCUGUCACACGCAGAGGAAAAGGAGGUUUCCCCAUGAAAGGAGGUCCACGGUCCACAAUAACAGGCACAGCUUCCACAGGACCCAAAUUGAAAUCAGAUGAGCUGCAGACAAUCAAGAAAGAACUGACCCAAAUCAAAAACAAAAUUGACUUCUUACUGGGAAGACUGGAGAAGAUUGAGAAACAACAAAAGGCAGAUGCCGAGUCACAGAAGAAGCAGCUUGAAGAAAAUUCAGAGUCUGCACAUGAGGAAUCCAUAUCAGAAAAUGCAGAAACUUCCACAGAGGAACAAGUGGAAGGGGGCCCUGAUGUUGAUGGAGAUGGAGAAGAGAUGACUGAUGGGGUAGAGGAAGAUUAUGACGAGGAUGGCAGCAAUGAGAUGAAUGAGAAUCAUGUAUCAGACAUGGAGGAUACACAGUAAUUGACACGCAUAGAAAGUUCAAACAAACUAAACGUGUCAUGGUGGUCAAUGACAAUGGACUGGCUGGUACCUGGAACUAAGUAUUACCUUGAGCAACAAUAGAAGAAAAGAUGUACAAUAUAUUAAGACUGAUAGUCAAUCUUAUGUGGGAGUUACGUCAUCUUUGUUGGAGAUUACAUUUGUGACCUACAUAGGAGAAACUUUCAUUGGGUUUAAAUUCUAUCUAAUUUGUAUGCUUGUUGGAUUUCCAUGGCCAUAACUGUGGAAGAAUUUUUUUAAACGUAUAUUCUCAGUAGUUUAAAUGUACAAAAUCACAUGUAUCUCUUUUACAGGUAACCCAUGAGAAAUUAACAUGGCUCUGUAAAGGAAUCUUAACAGAAAUUAUACUCGUAUAGUAUUGAGAUAAAGUUAUUUUGAUAUCAGCAUGUUUUAAUUGUCAAACCUUGUUUUCAGGUUUGAGUGAUGUUUGAAAUUGUAAUGUGGUCUUGGCUUUACGUGUGUUACAGCAAUUGUAUGAUCUGACUGAUCAUGUACAAAUUACACCUAAUUUUUUUUGUUGUUGAGUGGGAAAUGUCAGUUAAGUUAAUUGAGCCAGUGAAUUUAAAAGUAUAUGUUUGCAUUAACAAAACAUAGCAAGCAGGUUCAGGGGCCAUAUUAUUAAUAAAACAUUAUUAUUGAAUUUAAGGACUAAAGUAAUUUUAAACUAAUCUGCCCAUUAGGAAACCCUCAGGAAGGGGUAAAAUGCUAGUUUUACACUUUCCACAAUAUUACUGUCCAGUUCCAUGGAGAGUAAUCUCGGGAUAUUAUAUUCAACUCCAGAUGGACUAGGUUAUCCCAGACAUUUAAUGUGAAUGUCUAUCAUUAAAGUCUGACUUGAGGUAAACUAGAAUUUACAGGACAGUUUUGGAAUGGGCAGGUCCAGGAAUUGUAGCAGGGAACCACUUCACUGCCUCCUCAAUACUUCCCCGUUAGGAUUGUCCUUAUGGGAUAAUUAUAGAAAAUAAUUAUGUAUGAAAGUAACAUGGCAAUAAAAAGGAAAACACCACCCCCAACAUGUUUCCAGUCAUUAACCCUAGAAUUCUGAAUCCUUUUGAAUUCUAAAACAGAGGUUAAACAAGUUAAAGAACUGAUUUAGCAAGUGGAGUUCAUAACAGUGAGUGAUGGCAGGAAUUUUUGUUUUAUUUCUUUAGCCAGCACUGUGCCACACUAUGCUGUGAUGUUAAUUGUUGUGAUUGUAAUGAGGUCAGCCAGGUGGACCUCAUGGAAUAUGAGUUAUCUGAUUGGGCUAUUAAUCUGGUCCAA